AUGCUGUUUCUCUGGUCGCGGCAGCCGGCCGCCCUGGCAGCCAGUCCCAAGGCCGGGCCCUACCUCGCGUGGUUCACCACCGCGGUCCUGCUUUGGAGGUAUGGUAGGCGUUUCGCGAGGCUCGCCUUCGGCUCGGACUCGGCCUUUCGUUUCCUCAGGCGCAAGCGUGGCGGCCUGCUCAUCCCGAAGCCCCACCGGGUGCCCAGUCCUCGCCCGCACAGCGAGCAGCUGCAGAGGCCGGGUAAACCGACCGUUGCGGGGGGACACGGCGGACUGGCCCAUCGUUCACGUGUCGUGAAAAUAAUUGAGCAGCCCAAGAUACUACGGAGCAGUUGCAGCAGCGCGUCAAAGGAGCCAAGGACGGGGGUCAGGACGCGGUUGAAGCGGCUGCAAGCCGGCGACGGACCGCACAUGGUGCGCUCGAGCGCGCGCAAGUGCCUUCACGUGAAGAGGCACAUCUACUACAGGAUGACGAGGAGCGGGCGCAUCUACGGCAGGUAUCCGGGCGUCAAGUAG